AUGAAGCACGAAAUGGCUGAAAUCGAGCGUUUCGCUCGGAGUUACUGCACGAUGGGAUUCGUUGGUCCGAACGUGACACGAAUUUCCAAGGAGAUCCAGGAGAAGGUCUACUGUUCCAACGCCCUCGAGAAGGACAGCUUGUGGGUCUUUUUUUUCAGACUAGAGAACAAUCUAUGUCAUUUUUUGAUAGCAUUCAUUCGAAAAUGAAAAGUUUCAUGCUUGAAAAAGGAUCAAAAAUCGCAUUUUUCGUAGGAAAACCUCAAAAAUCUCUUCCUAGACGACUUUUCAUUUAAAAAUUCUGUUCAAGACUUUGCAUGAGUUUUUGAGGGCGAAAAAAUUUUCUUGAAUUGAAAAAACAUUAGAAACGGCAAUUCUUUUCGAUACCUUUUUUGAAACUUUGCUAUGCUCCUUUAAAUAACCCAUUAGGAUUUUCAGAAAAUUAAAAUUUAAAGUAGAUGUUUUUAAAACAAAAAAAUUUGAACAUAAAUAUUUGCGAGAAAGCUUGAAAAAGGUUUAUUUUACAAUCAACUAAUAACUUAUUUCCUUUUUAAUAAUUAUUUCUCUUUUUAGAAAAAUAUCAAUUAUCAACAUUUUUUUGUUCAUUAUUUUCACUUUUUUUCGCAAUUUCGAAUCCAAACCAAAAAUACAAACCAGUCUCUCCUGAAAUCCCGAGAAUAUUCUAAAAAUCGAAAGAGCUUUCCCGAAAGAGCUGCACUUUUUAUUUUUUUCGCCUCAAAUUUGCCGCACGAAAUUGUUUUUUGUUAUUCUAGGAUGAAGCUGAGAAUAUAAAAAAAGCGUGGGAACUCAAAAAAAUCUGAAACCAAAAAAAAUUUUGAGAAAAUCAGAAUUGAAUAUUUAAUGAUUGGUCGCCAUGAAUCAUUUUGUGCAUAUCAAAAAAAUAGAAACUUUUGUAUUCCUUUUUUUGUUCAAAAAAAUUGUAUCUUGGCGUUUGCUUCGAUCAAAAAACUGGGGUUUCAGAGUUGCCAAGAGCUUUAAAAGAAAAAAAAAUGAAAGCUGAACUCUAAAUUCGCUAGAAAAGGCUGAGUUCAAGUGAGAAAAUGUAUUUACUCCAAAGGAAUCAAAAUACGACAUCAAUUUGAUGUUAUCAAAGAAUCUAACGAAUGAAAUAAUGUUUUAAAAAUCAAUUGAAACGUAGCUUGAACUGUUUCAAAAAUUUUUUUACAAUUUUUAAACGAAAAAAAGGGGCUUUUUUUCAACCAAAAAUUUCGAGAUUUUAAUGCAAAGUAGUCUAUUUGAAUUUCAUGAUUGAAAAUUUUUUUCCUAAAAGGUUUUGGUUUUCGUUAUCAAUAAAGGUUUGGGAAAUAUUUUUAAGCAGGAAUAACACUUUUUCAGAGUUUUAUUCCCUUUUAAUAAUGGAACAAUGAUUAAGGAAUAAUAUUUGUCAAUGGUUCCAGUGUAUUUUUCGACAAAGUUUUCACAAAAAUUAUCAUUUUCAGGGAAAUCCAAGUGUUCGUGACCUGUAUGUUCGUUUUUCUGAUGGCUUUCGCCAUCACCGGAAACUCGGUGGUCAUGUGGAUUAUUUACAAACAUAAGGUGAGCUUUAUUCACGAUAAAUUCAGAAAUUAUGACAGAAAUCAAAGUUAGAGGAGGAAAAGAAGUCGUCAAAUUCUUAUUUUUUUAAAUUUUUAAAAAGCUAUUCGAAAACUAGAGAGCAUUGGUAAACAUAAGCGUGUUUAGAGAAUAAAAAAAACCAACACUCUCUGAUUUUUGAACUUUGUCUACCCAGGAACGCCAGAGUGGUCCCUAGAGGGGUUUGGAAAAAAAGGAGUCCGUACAAGAACCAAACAAUGCGGUUGAAAGAGGGGUUAAAAUUGAGUGGUCCCUAUAGAGUUCGAGGAUCUGGUCCCAAGGCCUCUCAAGCUUAAGUGGUCGCUUUAGGGAUUCUUCAAUUUUUCCAGAUUUCACAUUUUUUUUCAAAACAAAAUGAACGACUAGCCUGCCCUCUAUAGAGACUCCUAACAUAAACCCCUAUAGGGGCCACUUUCGCAAGCUUUAGAUUCCCCUAUAUGGGCGGUAGGGUGGUCCCCAGAGGUAAGUCUUCAGGUUCCCUGAAGUUGCCCCUUUAGGGACCACUCUGGCGUUCCUAACGUGUAAGUACCUAACUUUCUAAGAUUCAAACGUAGACUCGAAAAAAAUGAACUUUUUAGACUACUAUUCAUCAAUGAAAGCGUUCCGAUUCUUGAAAAUAUUCUGAAAUCUACGAAAAAUAUCAAACUUUAAGAAAAACUAUCGACCAAAAAUAAUGUUUUUUUGAAGGUGAUGCACCACGGAUUCAAUUAUUUUCUGUUCAACAUGGCGUUCGCCGACCUUCUAAUUGCUUCAUUUAAUGUUGGAACUUCGUGGACGUAUAAUUUGUAUUACGAUUGGUGGUUGGUUUUUUUCAGUAUUUUUUUCAAAAAAUAAAUUAACCAGAAAAAAAGACACAAGAAAAAUUAUAUUUUUUUCUUUCUUCAGUCGAAGUUCCUGCUUCUUGAGAUCACUAAAAUGAGUAACAAAAUUUUCAUGAAAAAAAGGUUUUCAACUUUGAUUUUUCUUCUAAUUUUUUUGUUAUUGCCGUAAAAAAAUUACCGAGAAAAAUAACUUUAAAAAACAAAUUUGCCGAUGGUUCUUUUUCAAUCCAGGUUUUUCCAGUAAAAAAAGCGUUAUUCAUAAAAAAAUGUAAAAAAAUCUCAUUUCAAUGGCUAAACUCAUCAUUUUCUCCCUAAUCUCACUGAAAUUCUCCUUCCUGAUUUUAUCAAUAAUAAAAAGGGAAUUCUCCAUCCUUUUCUGUGGAUAAAUGUACAAUUUUUUAGGUUCGGAGACCUUUGUAUCCUAACUUCAUACGUUGGAGUGGCGCCAACUACCGUCUCGGUAUUCUCAAUGAUGGCUCUCAGUUGGGAUCGGUAAAAUUUCAACUUUUUUUUUCUUGGAAAAAUUUCGGAAAGAACGAGAACCAAAAGAGUAUGCGGAAAAAAAAUCAAAGAAAAAAACCGGAGUUUUUAGGUUUUUUUGCAUGAAGUUAGGGGUCAUUGAUGAUCAAAAUUUAUUCCAAAAAAUGAAGAAUAAAUCGAAAAAAAUUAAAAAAAGUAUCUGAGAAAAAAACCGUGAAUACGAUUUUAUUAGGCCAGGUUGGGAUCGAUAGAAAUGAACUUUUUUCCUAAAAAAAUAUGUAUAAUAACUCGGAAACAAUGAAAUUCGUAAAAAAACCAAAAAAAUACUGAAUUUUUUUGCAGAUUAUAUAACUGAAAAAUCUCUUAUUCAGCUUUUUUUCCAUAGAAAACUAUUCAAGGUAAAAUUAAAUUGAAAGUAAUAUCACUAUAACUCUCGCUAAAUUUUUUUUCCUUUUCAAGCUGAAUGGAAGCAAAUUGGGUAAAUACCAGCAAAAUAAUAAUUCUCCUAAAGUUAUUUAUAACUUUUUUUUUCUCGUAUUCCUCGCUUUUAUUCUUUUCGCUUUGCUGACAUAUCAGGAAUUAAACCUUGAAAAGAUAAAUUCAUAAAAUAUAUCGUUCUGAAAACAGAAAAAUGAUUUAGGAACGAUUUUCUUUUCAAUCAAUUCGAUUUUCAGGUACCAAGCGGUGGUAAAUCCUCUCCGAAAAAGGCCAUUAUCCAGACGUCGCUCCCUUUAUAACUAUUUCGAUCAUUUGGUUCAUUUCAACCAUCACAGCGAUGCCGUCAGCUGUCAAUGCUAAGGUUUCGAAUUAUAAAAAAAUUAAAAAAACCCACAUUUUUCUUGUUACGAAUGUCACGAGAAAAAGUGAAUUUUGAAUAUUUAAAAAAACUGGCUCUUCCUUAGUAUUUCCAAGCUUGAAUUUAAAAAAAAACCUAAAUUUGCUUGAAAAACUAGUUGCUUGGAAAUUAUCGAUAUCUAACUUAUAAUCAAGACAAAUCAAUUUUCAACGUUUUACUUUCAAGAAAACAUCUAGAAAUACAGCAAAAGCCCAUUUUUUUAUUGAAAAAAUCACUCUGAAAGUAGAAUAACUACAUUUCCCUCUAGAAGUUUCUUCCUGUAGAUAUUAGAGCUUGUGAGAAUUUUUCAUGCCCUAGCGAAAUUUUUUUCUUUCUUAUAACAAAAUUUCCAGGUAAAUGAAGUGUUCUCUUUCGAUGUGAACACUUCAAAACUGACUCCGAGGUCAUUUUGUGAGUCUGCCGUCAGUGGAGGGUUCGUGUUUUCUUGUAAAGUGUGAAGGGAAGAAAAUUGAUACCAGGAGUUCUUCGAAUUUUGAAUAAAAUUGUCAUUCCAGUUCAAUUUUCAACAGAACCAUUUUAUGAUGGUAUUAAAAAAACCACCAUCUAAUGGUAAGAAUGAAGAAAGACUUUGAAAAAGGCCCAAUGUAUACCUACUUUUAAAAGACUGCGAAAAAAAACGUUUCCAAUCUUUCAGCUUAAAAAAUGAUUAUUUGAGCAUAUAGCCCUUUUUGGAGAUAUUCAAUACAUUUUUUCAAACUCAUCGCUCAAAGGUAGCUUUUUUGCAAUCGUCUAACCUCUCUGAGUCUCUUUUUCACUCGUUGACAAGGAAAGAGAAAAAAGAAAACAGCCAAAUUAGAGAUAAGAGAGUGAGAGACAGGUCAGAGAGUUUACGCGAAAUGAGAAGGAGGAAUUAAGAAAAAUUUAGUUUUCCUAAAAUUUUAAAUAGUUUCUGUUGAUUAAAACAACCAUUUUAGAUACGACCACAUGCUAUUUUUUAUCCAAUUCGCCGUUCCUCUACUUGUUCUGUCGUUCACUUUUGCUCGGAUCGCCUUCGCCUUCAGAAUCACCGAUGAAGUCACUGAUAACAGUUCAAAGGGCACCAGUCAUACGAGGGCCAAGAGCAAAGUGAGUGAACUAAAUAUGGGUUGGAAAAAAUUUUUUGAAGGCAGAAACUAGAAAAAUUAAGAGAAAAAUGAGCUGAAUAUCAGAAAAAUCGAAUUCAGCAGAGUACUGGAAUUUAAUUUUUAUCUUGUUCUGACAGUUGAACUUGAACUAACUGCUGAGUUAUCAAGAAAACUUUGAAAGAUUGAAAAAAAAAACUGAAAAAUGGUUCAUGAGAAAAAAAUAUUCAUGAACUUUUGAAAUUUUCAAUAUCAGCCUGAUUUCUGUGUCUAAACCUAUACUUCCAAGUACUAUCAACUCAAAAAAUCAAUUAUUGAAUAUUUAAAGUUCAAAAGCAUCAAAAAGAUUGUGUUGAUAAUUCUCGAAUUGGAUUUCAAACGUGAUUGAAACGGUAAUUCAUGAAGUGAAAAAUAAUAAUGUCUAAACCCCGAAAAAAGAAAUAAAAAGUUAUUAAAUUUUUUUAUAAAUGACUUUUUGAACUGAUCUGCAUUUCCGUUCGCAUAAUGGUCCAAUUUUCGUUAGAUUUUUAGAAUUUAACUCGGAAAAAUUUUUUAAAUCACAGAAUUCCGGUUGAAAAACUGAAAAAAAGUCGAUUUUCUCGAUGAUACAUGAAAUUCAUCCAACUUUGGUGAGGUUUAAAAUUAAUCAAAGCAAAAAUCGAGAUUCAUUAAAUUAUUUUAUCAUUGAAUAAAUAUUUCAGGCCGUCAAAAUGCUGGCUCUAAUGGUUCUGACGUUCAUGUUCUGCUGGCUGCCGUACAACUUGUACCACACUUUUUUCAAUGUUCGUUUUUUUCCCAAAAAAAGAAGGAGGAAGAAAAUGUUUCAGAACUGGUUCUCGGUUCAAAACUCGAAGUAUAUCUACUUGGGCAUCUACUGGAUCGCCAUGAGCAGCUCCGCCUACAAUCCGAUCAUCUACUGUUUUGCCAAUGAGAGGUUAGUCAAUAAAUAAGUUUUAUUAAUUGUACAAUAAGUCGAUUUUUUUCUGACUGGGGGGCAUUUUUGGUUAAUUUUGAAUUUUUGAAGAAAAUUUUGAGCUGAGCCAUUUUGAAAUCGUUAUUCAUAUCAACAAAAAGAAAGUCUAAAUGGUGACUUUCUAAUUUUUUUUCGGUUUUUCGAGAUUUUAAUAACGGUCAGAAAUCGAGAAAGAUAACAGAACUUUGGAGAGUCAGAGACAAUUUCGAUUUCGUCAAAAUUACUUUGAAAACGACCUUACUUUCAUGUUGUGAAGGACAUUGACAAAACUACUGUUUGCAGGUUCCGGAUCGGUUUCCGCUACGUGUUCCGAUGGCUGCCCUUGGUUCAAUGCAAACGCGAACAGUACGAAUACUCGCAAUUGUUUCCGGAGAAGCUGCGCAGCAUGGCCAUUUCGAUGCAGAAGGGCCGCGGAAACAGCGCCAAGGAGUUCGAGAAGAAGAUCAGUUGUCGCGAUUAUUCGACUGCCGGUAAGGAAGUUUCAGGUCACCAAAAAAAAAUCCAAAAUCUAUUUUUCUAGAGUGAAUACCUUAUUUCUACCGUUUCCUGAAAAAUCUUUCGCAACCUUCACAUAAUUUUCCUGAAGCUUCAUUGAUUUUAACGCUUAACGCUCUCAAAAAGUCUUAGCGCGAUUUUUUUUUUAAAACUCACAAAAAAUAUUUGUAUAUUGGCAAAGUAUAUAGAAAACAUUGGACCCAAACAUUCAGAAAAAAAUAAAAAUUUUUUUAUCCUAAACUUUUUGCUAGAAUUUUUUUAGAGCUACAUAAAAAUAUACAUAAAAAAACUUCUGCGCCCUAAAAAUCAUAAAUUCGAACUUGAAAUAUCAAAAAAAUAGAAAAAUUAUACCUCGACAGCGGCGUAAUAUACAAGUAUUCAAGUCGUGACAAUUAACCGUUUCAAGACUUUAAUAAAUAUGUUCAGUCGAGUUCAAUUAAUAUUGUUAAUCUUUCAAAAAGAAAUACGAAGUUAAAAAAAGGACACCUGGUCAUAAAAAUGUCUGAAGCUUGCGACGUAAAUCGGCCUUUAAAAUUUGAAAAAAUUUUUAAGUUAUAAUCUCUCUUGAACCCUAAAAUUAUAGUGAAGUUUCAAAAAUCGGUUAGAAAAAGUCAUAAAUUUUUACAGAGUGAACUAAUUUGAACUUCUUUGAAAUCCUAUGUGAGAAACUAAAAAAGACCUAAAUAUUGAAAUAAGGGUCUCAAAACGCGUGGCUUACAUAUCAUUAAAAAAAGAUAAAAACUUCAAAUAAAUCAAGUUCAUAUUUAUUAUUCCAGGAUUCCCGUAUCAACCAGCCCCGGAUAUCGUCCAAUGCGUUCUAUCGAGCGAGAAGAAAAAACCUUCGAAAAUUGAACUCCUAAGUCAUCACGACGAGGAAAUGAAUUGA